CUGUGUUCUCCAUCCAUCGACCAACAGGGACGAACAAAACUUCUACACGCACGAUAUCUAAGAUCACAGAUCCCAAUAUCCAGGAUCAGCGCCGCGGUCUACGCCUACGAACCGCAAAGCCCAUAGAAGGGGGAUCUGCCCUUUUUCACGUCUUUGUUCCAAUACAGAAACCUAGGAGUAGACUGCAAAUCCCACUGCUGAGAUCAAAACAUGCAUCUUUGGCAACGAGUAGCGAAGAAGGACGAGUCAACCAUCCAGCACCGAGACGUGCCAUAACCUCUCCACAAAGCAGGCUGCUUUCGCGAUGGGCAGCAAUGAUGGGCUCCACUACAUCAACGUCCUACCCUCUGCAGGCCUUUUCGCUCUGGAUCCAUACUUUCCCUCCUCGCAUCGGCUCAGAAAAGACGUUUGAUCUUGCGAUGCGUUACUUCGUCGAGAGCGGCGAGGCAUUUCGUUGCCGUCGCGAGGUAGCUGAGAGCCUUGCUCCGGCCACUAGAGAGAAUGCAUUGACGAGUCUAAGAUGCGCAAUGUCAGUCCCGAAAGUGGACGACAGCAUUCUGCUGGCCAUCUCGCUCCACGUCUUCGCGGAGGUCUUCAUUGCACUCGGAACGUUUCAUUACGUGGCGCAUAUUCGGGGGCUCUCCCAUAUCCUCCACUCUCGAAUUGCUUCCCUUUCCUGCAUAGAGAAGGACCUUGAUUUCAUGCUCAUAAAUUCCACGUACCUAGAGGAGAUCACAGAUGCUUUGCGUCGUGGACGCGAUUGUAUCUAUGACACAAAAGCAUCCACAGCGGCAACAUCUCGCCAGUGCGUACGCUUAACGGCGCCGGAUGUGGCUUCUACAGCACUCAUACAGCAGUUCGUCAAGAUUCCCCGUCUCGCACGACUCGUUCGGGCAUGUGCCGCUUGUCCCACGAACACGGUUCUUCUUUCAGAGACAACGCAGCUGGCGGAAGAGCUAUAUUUCAGUCCCGUUGGAGAUUUAGUAACCAGAUCUAUCGGCGAGGUGGGCCAAAUCCAAACCCUUACGCCCCGUGUCGCGCAAGUUUUAGAACAAUCGUUGCAAUACUCAUCUAUUGAGGAAUUUGCAUUGGCCAUCAGAUUCGAGACCUACCGGGUGUUGCUCUCUGGGAUUUUGCAAACUUUGCACUGGCUCGAUCCCUUCUCGAGCCAGUUCGAUAUCGAGGCUAUAGAAUCCCAGGACACGGAGGCAGCCACCAUUAUUGCUAUGUCUGUCGACUACGCCAUGACAGUAGAUCGGUCGCUUCCUCUGCCGGCUCUUCGAAUUUUAACGCCCCUGCAAUACAGCUUCGGUGCUUGGUAUCGGCUGGCGAAGAGACAAUGCGGUAACACACAAGGCAUGUAUGGAGUACUUAUGCAAGAGUGGAGCCUAUGCACUUCGAAUGCCAUCUUGAAGGACUGGAAGGCGCCGGAAGACUCUCUCAGUGAUAUUUGUACAAGGAGUGAAUCUUUUGCUGGAGCACGAAUGGUAUAUCCCUUAGCCCAUCCAUGGGAAACGCUCGGACCAGGUGGUUGAACGUGUGUUGAGCACCGUAGAGCUCUACUGAGUUGUACACAAGCAUGCGAAAGUCGCCGCAGUUGUCAUCCCUAAAAACUUUCAUUGGUCGCAUCCGUAUCGAUACCAACGCACCAAUUCCGACGGGUUAAGGGAUAACGUCGACCUUGGUUUCGACUCUUUUGCCCAGUUCGAAACAAGUUCUUGAAGCCGUUAAUAACAAUAGACUUACCGAAUAUAU